AUGUCUCUCCGCAUCGCACCUCCCGUCAACCACCCCUCUCAUACCAACAACCUCACCGGCCGCCAUGCCUCUGCGGUCACAGCGCCCUACCCCAGCAAAGGCGCCCCCUCCGCGCCCGGUCUGCCCGACAGACUGCGAGACAACAUCACCCUGCCAGCGCCCGUCGGUCCUCCCUCGGCGCAACCGACCGCGAAGCCCGUAUCGUCACACCCGCUCGAGGCGCGCCUGCUGGCCUGGCGCGCCACGCACGAUGCCAUGAAGAUGGAGUCGCUGCGCCGUGUUUAUGGCAUGGCGGAGCCCAUCCGGCGCGGGAUGGAGCUCAAGAUCGUCCGCGACGGCACCUUCACGCCGAUGGUGCUGGGGGGGCCUCGGGGGAAUAUCCAUGAAGAUAUCCUUGUGUUGGGGGCCGAGAUACCGAGAUUGACUGGGAGGAUGUUUUCACUGAUAUCCAUUCCUCUCGACGCAAGGCUGUACGUACGUAUGGACCAUACCGGGGGAAAAAGGAUCAAAUAA